ACCACUGCUAUGUUUAAGUUAUAACGUAUCCCAUAUAUACUAAAACGAAAUCUAAUAUUUAAGACUUUUCACCUCUGUAAAUGAACUUUAUUAAACGCUAAUAACUUGCUAAUUUCAAGUUCAGAUGACUAACCAAAAACAUAGAAUAUUACUUAUCGAAAAACAAUUUGUUAAUUCCACUUUAAUGUCAAAUUACCUUGUUUAUGAAUGCAAAAUGUAAAAACAAGUUUCGGAUUCGUGGAUUAGCCGAUCGUAGUGGCAUAUAAAAUGCGCAUCUCGGCACCUCGAAUACCAGUUUUUGGCUCUUACGAACUGCGAAUACCGAAGUGUUGUCCAAGUCACCGCCAGUUACCAAUCGCAACUUGAGUAGAGAGGCAACACAAUCCAGCAAUGAAGCAGUUCAUAGUUUUGGUCGUUUGUUUGCUGGCAGUCGCUGCGGCCGAUGUUUCCCAUCUUGUCACCCCGGAACCGAAGGUUCCAGCAAGUCCGUAUGUGUUCAGCUACCAGGCAGGCCGUGCUCCCGGCCAUGUGGACCGCCAGCAUACCGAGGUGUCCGAUGGAUCGGGUGUGAUCCGCGGUGCUUUCUCCUAUGUGGACCCAAAGAACCAGGUGCGCACCGUGCAGUAUGUGGCGGACGAGCACGGCUUCCAUCCCCAGCUGAGCCACAAACUGGAGGACAGCGCCGCCGUCCAGGCUGCCAAGCAAAGGCACUUCGCGGCCUAUAAUCGGAUUGCGCAAGAGCAUGCCAACCAUGCACCAGGCCAAGUUGCACUAGCUAAUGCCCCCCAUGCCAGCGCCGCCGUUGCACAUGCCACCCAGAAGCACCUGAGCGCCUUCGAGCGGAUCGCUGCCGAGCACGCGGCCAUUGGACGGCAACAGGAGGCACAGCGUCUGGCACUGGCCGCCCAGUCCGAGCAUGGAGAGAUCGAAGAUGGACAGUACCAUCCGUAGGAGAUGCAGUUCGCUGAAUGAUGUGAAAAUAAACGGGUAGCUUCCAGAAAAAUCAA